AACUAACUUACGACUAUCAACUUCAUAAACCGUUCACCUAUGUUAAGUAGUUAUGUACUGAUUUUUGAAGGGCUACACCUUCCUAGGGAGUUAUCUAAACAAUGUCAGACUUCUGGGCUUUUACGCGAUAUCUCUAUCUAAAGGUCCUUGUCACCCUAUCACGCCUCCUCAUCAAGCUACUGGCCUCACCACAAUCCUCGAAACUUGACUACAAGUUAGACAUCCCAUCUCGCGACAAGAACCGCACUAUCAAAGUCCAUGUAUACAAGCCACCCGUGACAGAGACUGGCAGCUCAACUCCGGCCCCGGUUCUCAUAAAUCUAUACGGCUCCGGCCUGGCGAUACCUCUACAUGGUCUUGACGAUGAUUUUUGCCGAUUCAUCGCUGAUACAACCGGCUACGUGGUACUUGAUGUCAAUUAUUGUCUGGCCCCCGAAUACCCAUUCCCCAAAGCCCUCAACGAUGUCGAGGAUACUCUAAAAUAUGUCCUUGAUCAUCCAAAAGAAUACCAGGCCUCACGCGUCUCCAUAUCCGGCUUUUCGUCUGGCGGCACACUUGCACUUUCUGCCUCCGCGAGUCUUCCGCGAGGAACAUUCACGUCGCUUAUAGCAUUCUACCCUGCGACGAAUCUUUACCAAGACCCGAGUUUGAGGAAAGCUCCCGUGCCAGGUGGGAAGGACCGCUCGCCGUUUUGGACUAGAAUCUUUCGAGAAUCGUAUAUUAGAGGGAUGGAUGCCCGUGAUCCGAGAAUAUCGCCUGCAUUUGCGGAUACGACUAAUUUUCCGAGUAAUAUGUUAAUUGUUACAGGGGAGUUGGAUGCAUCGGCGAUAGAGGCAGAAGAGCUGGCAGAGAGAGCGAAGGAUGAAGGGCACACUACUGGGAGAGAGGUCAUAAUUCGCAGGAUGAAGGGAUGUGGACAUGCGUUUGACAAGAAGCUCACUGGCGAGGUCUCUGUAAAAGCUAAAAAUGAGACAUACGAGCUUGCUGCGAAGAUCUUGAAGAAUGGUCUGAAAGUCAGCACCUAAGCGACGAUUUGUUUUGAGUGCGAGCUCAAGAGUUAUAGUCCGCUCCGUUCAGACUCUUAUCCAUCCCUUCGUGUAUGCGAUCUAGGUUCAUUGCAGGUAACGUCGUCCAUUAUCAACCUAUAUAGGUACCAAUCCUUAAGCUUCCAAA